AUGUCGAAACCAGAAUUGGAUAGCAAUGGUACAGCAACACUCAAGUUAGCCCGUGGUAAUAUUCUGGGGAAUAACUCGAAUCCUCCUGGGAUAUCCACCGGGCCCACGCCGAUACUAGGAAUACAAAGACGCGCGAAUACGCCCAAACUGGAGACGAACCCUCGAGAAGGCUCAUUGAUUUAUAAAGUGGGCAUAAUUGAACUUCUAGAACAAGAUGAGAGGCCAACUUUCAUAAUAGAUGUUUCUAAUCAGGAUAAUUACAUACCCGGCGGUCGUUUACGAGUAGAGUAUGCGAAUGCAUCACUGCGCGCCAUCAGCCCGUUAUUGGAAAUGGUAGCAGGAUUUGCAGAUCUAUCUUCUCCCACUAUUGUCACUAAUGCAUUUCCGGAGUUUAAAGCAUGGGUACUAAGUUUUGUGAGCAAACAAAGCGAAUCUUUAGAUAUAUGCUUACCAUCAUUUUUGUAUGGCGGUUUCACAUGGAGUUGUUCGACUCUACGAAAACGUCUUCGGGUGAUGAGUGGCAUCAGAGCUCAACUUCCAACAACUAAUACCACCUCAUCAAACGCAAAUAAUAACAGCUCUUCGCAGAAACAAGGUUCUUUAGUAGUUCAAGACUUGUCAAGCUCAACUAGCCUAUUCCCUGAGCGAACCGAUUACUUUGGGGACCCAGCUCCCACUGUACCAGAUUCAAGUCCAGCCGAGACACUUGUUUCAAGGUAUCACGUACCACGAAUUGAUGGGUCCUCUUUCGAUUGGACGAGACUUCCACUGUCCGCAGCAUUACCUCGACAUGUUCAAUUCACCCGUAGUAUCGAUUGGUCGGCAACCCCUCUUGGACCAAUGAAAAACUGGACUUUUGACCUAAGAGCCAUGUGCAAUCUCAUUAUGGGAAGCCCUCACCCGGCCGCCAUGUACUGGGGAAGUGACUAUACAGCCAUAUAUAACGAAGCAUAUAUACUACUAGCCGGACAAAAGCAUCCCAACUUGAUGGGACAAAGCUACAAAACUGGUUGGGUGGAAAUAUGGGGUGAGAUCGAAGGGGUAUUUUCAAAAGCUAAAUCAUCCGGCCAAGCUACCAUGAAGGAUGAAGAUCGACUUUUCAUCAAGCGAAAUGGUUACCUAGAAGAGUGCUAUUUUGCCUGGAGUAUUAUUCCACUAGUCGGGGAAGAUGGUUCUGUAGCCGGGCUAUACAAUCCGGCAUGGGAGAAAACGAGAAGAGUGAUUUCGGAACGUCGUAUGCUUACUCUGCGAGAAGUAGGAGAAAAGACAGCCACCGCCAGAAAUAUCAAAGGAUUUUGGUCACAAGUCAUCAAAGCCUUAGAGUAUAAUCCCUUUGACAUACCAUUUGCUCUUCUCUAUUCGGUCAAUGAGGAUGUUGAUAGCGACAUGAGCUCACAGCGAUCCUUGAACUCUGGAAGCAUAUCACAAGCUCCUUGUUGUGUGUUGGAGGGAACAAUAGGUGUACCUUCAGGUCAUCAAUCAGCUGCCACACCAUUGGAUCUCCACCUCAGUGAAGAUGGGUUUGGCCCAUAUCUGAGAGAAUCUAUGAGGCUUGAUCGACCUGUACUUCUUACUACCGAGGAGGGUACUCUGCCACGGGGACUCAUCGAAGGUCUUGAAUGUGUAGGAUUUGGUGAUCCUUGUCGAGCUGCUGUGGUCAUACCCCUUCAUGCCACCAGUAGAGAAUCUAUACUAGGUUUUUUGGUCAUGGGUGUGAACCCCAGAAGACCAUACGAUGAUGAUUAUAGUCUGUUUGUUGAGCUCACGACUCGCCAAUUAGCAACUUCAAUGGCGUCGGUUGUUCUUUACGAGGAAGAAAUUCGCAAAGGUCAGAAAGCAGCACGCAUCGCAGCGCAAGAUCGUCAGGAAUUGUCGGAGCUUGUCAGCCUGCGCACUCAAGAAGCGGUGGAAAGUGAAAGCAGAUUUACUCGCAUGGCUGAAAUGGCUCCUGUUGGGAUGUUCAUUGCAAACGCCCAUGGUGAGAUCACAUUCUCUAACGAUGCUUGGUGGGAAAUAUCGCGACAUCCUCGAACAGAAAAUAGCGCAAAGUCAUGGAUGGAUAGUAUAAAAGAAGAAGACCGCGAAGGAGUCCAGGCUACCUGGAACAGGGUAGUCACGCAGAAAGUCAACGUGACAAAAGAGUUUCGUUUCAAAACACCAUGGCAAAGUAAGCAUGCUUUGACCGAUACGUGGGCUCUCAUGAAUUGCACUGUGCUGAGAGAUGGAGACAAUAAUUUGAUGAGCAUCUUCGGUUGUAUCACGGAUAUAUCGCAUCAAAAAUGGGCAGAAGAAUUCCAGAAACGUAAGAUGGAAGAGGCAGUCGAGCUUAAACGACAACAGGAGAAUUUCAUUGAUAUGACCAGUCAUGAGAUGCGCAAUCCCUUGAGCGCGAUUCUACAAUGCUCGGAUGAGAUCACCAGUGCUCUGACUUCUCCUACCAUCAAAAGGUUAGUUUCAAUCAUGCAGGAUGUGGAGGCGUCCAAGGAGAUUUCAGAGUACAUCGAAAGUAGUAUUGAUGCGGCACAAACUAUCGCACUUUGUGCCCAACAUCAGAAGCGCAUUGUCGAUGAUAUUCUGACCUUGUCAAAAUUGGACUCGGCGCUUUUGGUCGUAUCACCUGUCUCAUCAGAGCCAGUAUCUGUGGCCAGGCGCGCCAUCAAGAUGUUUGAAGGAGAUAUAGAAAAACACGGCAUCUCUAUUGAAUUUCAAAUCCAGGACUCAUAUUCUGACCUCAAUAUCAGUUGGGUAAAACUGGAUCCAUCACGGCUUCUACAAGUCCUGAUUAACUUGCUGACCAAUGCUAUCAAAUUCACCACUGGUCAACCCCAACGCUUAAUUGUUGUGAGUAUUGGGGCGACGAAAGAACAUCCAGCAGACAAAGACACCACUGUUCAGUAUUUCCCUUCCCGCUCGGGUAUUGCGGAUUUGGUAAUGGAUGAAGCAGAAUGGGGCACAGGCGAAAAUUUAUACUUGAAGUUUGCAGUUCAAGAUACAGGCAGGGGACUUGACGAAAAAGAAGUUUCGAUUCUGUUUCAACGAUUUUCGCAAGCAUCUCCACGUACUCACGUCCAAUACGGCGGAUCAGGUCUAGGAUUGUUCAUUUCAAGAGAAUUAACCGAACUCCAAGGAGGGCAAAUUGGAGUGUCUUCGGAGAAAGGUGUGGGUAGUUGUUUCGCAUUCUAUGUGAAAGCUCGAAGAGCCGAUCGCACGCCCGAAACAUCACCUCUAUCCUCUCCAACUCACAACGCCGUUAAUCGGAAGCCCUCCUUGCGCACACCAAAUCGCGCAACUGGAGAAAGUACCAACAACUCAAUUGAAGAGCGUAUCCCUACCCAAUCCGUACGUGAAGAGUCAAUAAAUAUACCUAGGAUAUCACCCAGCCCAAAGGUAGAUUACAAGAAUAUUACAAUUCUUAUCGUUGAAGACAAUCUUGUAAAUCAACGCGUAUUGCAAAAACAAUUACACAGAGCCGGAUUUGUGACAGAAGUUAGCAACCAUGGCUUGGAGGCUUUGCAUAAACUAGAAGCAUCUUCUUUUUGGAAGCAUGAGGAGAACAGGGGCGAGAGUGGUGAGAGAACCAACAUCUCGUGUGUCCUAAUGGAUCUUGAAAUGCCAAUAAUGGAUGGUCUUACUUGCACUAAAAAGAUACGAGCACUAGAAGCCGAUGGAACGAUUGUUCGUCACGUUCCAAUAAUUGCAGUUACAGCAAAUGCAAGACUGGAACAAAUUGAGACGGCCCUAGCUACUGGAAUGGAUGAUGUUGUUUCUAAACCAUUUCGCAUGCCAGAUUUAAUACCUAAAGUUGAAGUAUUAGUUGCGAAAAGUCGAGCUAUGCAAGACACAGAAUUGCAGUAG